UUCCAAUGGUGAUUAAUGCAGAUUCGUCAAACGCCGGUGGCUCAGGUGAGAUUGAGAGUCAUGGAUACGAUGGACACCACCAGAAGUACAGAGAUUAUUUGCUGUCAAGGUGGUUCAACAUCUGGUGAUGACAAUGACGUAUCCAACAGGGGAGUGAUAUUAUCUUGGGAUAAAUUCAAUACCAGAAUUUGGCUCGUCUUCGUCGGGUCUUUUGUCGUCUGGGCGGUGGCAUUUUUCUUGGCGUAUCAACCGGGAAAUGGAUCCAUGGAUCAUGGAUCGAUGGAUCAUGGAUCGAUGGAUCAUGGAUCGAUGGAUCACGGAGGAAUGCAUCAUUAAGAGAAACAGAUCAACGAAAUAUUCUCGGAUCCAGUCGAAAUCACGACCAAUUGAUUUUCCCACCGCUCGCAUCCGAAUAACUCACGACUGAAUUCCCCAGUUCCAGUCGAUUCAUCGCUUCAAUUAACCCCGACUCAUUAUAACUCGAUUGAUUACCCAAAAGACGAGUCAAUCGAAAGCGAGAAACUUCAGAAAUUUCAUAAGAGACCUCCAUUAAAAAUAAAAUCAAACUCAAACGAUUUCUAUAAAAUCCCUCAAAAAAUCCUCCAACAAAAAUUUGAAUGAAUUUAAUUAACCAAUAAAUUCUUCAGAGCCGA